AUGAACGCCACUGAGCCAGGCUCCAACUUCACUUUCAACUCCAUUACAGAAAACGUCACUCUGUCCAGCCUGACAACCACCACCACCACCAUCUCUCCCACCAUCCCACAGCCUCCAUCCUAUUCUUCAGACAUCCACGACCCAGAAUUCACCAUCAUGGUGGUGCUGGGCUUAUCGCUGCUGCUGGCAGGGUUAGCAGCCUUCCUGGCAGUGUGCCGACCCUCUGAACAGGAUGGGGGCUCUGAGACGAGCUGUGGCCCAGGGGAGAGCUUGACCUGUGGACGCAGCCGGUCCAGUGAGCCCCAGCUCAAGGUGUGGAAGAGACUGGGCUCGUAUCGGCGUUCAUACAACCUAUCCUUCAGACGACCGCCGCAUCGCAGACCACACGAGCGUGAGAGCACACAUGCGUCCCUGUCUAACCCAGCCACACAGACGCCACAGUCAGAAGCCAGCGGGGAGCCCCACCUCACUAUGCCAUGUCUAUUUGACUAUGUCACUGAAAUCUGA